GAGUCGUGCGGGAAGGUGAUUGGGUGAGAAUAAAUUAACAUAACAGGUGGCGGGAUUUAUGCAUACAAACAAACGCUCCCUCCAAUCUUAGCGGCGAUCCGUUUGCACCGCUCUCUCUCUCUCUCUCUCUCACGAGAGAGCUAAACAAACCCUUCGUCAUCAUCACUAUGAUCCUUUUUCUCUUUUCUGGAAAUAUCUCGGGCGCGCAUACGUAUAAUCCAAUCUGUAUCUAUAAUUAACUGCCUUGAAUUCAGGUUGCUUCUGAUUAGUAUUUUCACGUUUCCUUUUUUUCGUUGUUUUUGAUUUAUUUAAUGCGUUGGCCUGUAAUGGACGCAAGCUCGUUCCUCUUAGGAUUUGCGGAUCGCCGGUGGAACUGCAUUCGCGUGUUUUCCGACGUUGAACAGCCGGAGAAUAUCGUAGAUUUUGCGUAUAUUCGCGCAUAUUGAGAUUUGCGCGUGUACACUUGGUUGUUGAUUGAGGUUUGAGCGCAAUGGAGAGGGAGAGGAAGAAGUAUCCGAUUGGAGCAGAGCAUUAUACUAUGUAUGAGGAGGUGGGGACGGGAGUGAGCGCAUCAGUUCAUCGCGCGCUGUGCAAUCCGCUCAAUGAGAUCGUUGCUGUCAAAAUCCUCGACUUUGAACGCAACAAUAGCGAUCUGAAUAACAUUUCACGGGAAGCGCAAACGAUGGGCCUUGUUGACCACCCCAAUGUUCUUAAAUCACACUGCUCCUUUGUCAGUGAUCACAAUUUGUGGGUAGUAAUGCCUUACAUGGCUGGAGGGUCUUGCCUGCACAUUUUGAAGGCAGCACAUCCAGAUGGUCUCGAGGAGGUCGUUAUUGCUACAAUUUUGCGCGAGGUGUUGAAAGGAUUGGACUAUCUUCAUCAACAUGGACACAUUCAUCGGGAUGUCAAAGCUGGUAAUAUUCUGAUUGAUACCCGUGGUGCAAUCAAACUGGGGGAUUUUGGUGUUUCUGCCUACUUAUUUGAUUCUGGAGAUAGGCAACGUAUGAGGAAUACAUUUGUGGGCACUCCUUGCUGGAUGGCACCCGAGGUUAUGGAGCAAGUGCAUGGCUAUGACUUCAAAGCUGAUAUCUGGUCUUUUGGUAUAACUGCUUUGGAGCUUGCGCAUGGACAUGCCCCUUUUUCGAAGUAUCCUCCGAUGAAGGUAUUGCUUAUGACGUUGCAAAAUGCACCACCUGGUCUUGAUUAUGAGAGAGACAAAAAAUUUUCAAAGUCCUUUAAGCAGAUGAUAGCAAGUUGCUUGGUGAAAGAUCCUGUGAAAAGGCCUUCUGCAAGGAAGUUGUUAAAGCAUUCUUUUUUCAAGCAAGCUAGAUCAAAUGAUUAUAUUGCUAGAACUCUUCUGGAAGGGCUGCCAGCUCUUGGUGAUCGUCUGCAGGCAUUGAAGAGAAAGGAGGAAGACCUGCUUGCACAAAAGAAAAUGCCAGAUGGGCAGAAAGAGGAAAUUUCCCAGAAUGAAUACAAACGUGGGAUUAGUGGGUGGAACUUCGACCUUGAAGACAUGAAGGCUCAAGCUUCAUUGAUCCAGGAUGAUGAUUCUAUUCCAGAAAAAGAAGAAGAUAUGCAAACCAAACAACUUCAACACCAACCAUCAUUUUCCGGAAAUUCUAAAGUACUUCAACACCAGUCGUCCUUUACAAGUCAAUGGUCUGAUGCUGCAGAUUCUGAUGAUAAUGCUCCUGCUUCUGUCUCAUCAAUGGACUCAAUGAUUCACAUAGCUAAAUGUGAAAAAUCUGAUGAUGAUGUCAGUAUUCCUGGUUCAACUGUUGAGCAGCCAACAACAAACGUGUUUCUUGGCAACGGGAGUCAUGCAGAAAGCAACUUAACAGAAAAACCUGUGUUAGAACUGAACAGAAAAUCACCAGAUGGAGCCCUCACAAGUUCUAAUGAAAAUGACAAAGUCCAAAAUCAGUCAUUGAAUCCAUCACGAGCGGGGCUUACCAACCUACAAGUGUUAGAUUAUGCAAUGCCAGAAAUAAUAUCCAAAAGUUCAAAAACAUCAGUUAAUGGUGAUGAAGUUGAUGAAAAGGUAAAGAAUCCAGUUGUUCAGCAAAAAGGGCGAUUUAAGGUUACAUCAGAGAAUGUUGAGACAGAAAAGGUGGCUCCAUCUCCUAUACUACAGAAAAGCCACAGCGUGCAGGUGAUUCCUCAACUUUCUGGUGUUUCUUCACCGUUACCUUCACCGUUGCCUUCAGCAUUGCCUUCUGAUGUUACUACUUCAAAUCUAUUUGGUCAACUCCUUUUUCCCAGUCUGCAGUCUGUACUACAGACAAAUAUCCUCCAAAGGGAUACUAUUCUUAGGCUAAUGAAGCAAAUAGUUAUUGGUGAUUUUUCAGAAAUAGGAUGCACGCCGAUAAACAUGCCAAUGACAGAGAAGUCCUUGUUAGAGGUUGCUCAUGAUAGGGAAAAGGAGUUGCUGCACGAGAUAGCUGAUUUACAGUUGAGGCUUGUACGAGCGCAGGAAGAGCUCCAAAAAUACAGAACAGAGAGAAUGGACGGGUUACAUUAACACACAUUUCUUGAAGCAACCUCCACUGAAGGAUUUUGAGCGAUGAAAACAAAGCAGCUAUUUGCAAAUAGGCUUGGUAAACGACUAGUCACUUUGCUUUGUACAGUUUACAUAUAGCUUUGCUAACCCGCGUAAAGAUACUUAACCAGGACUACAGAUGCAUUUGAUCAUGCUAUUAUCAUCCAUGUUUGUACCGUUUAUUUGAUUCUUCAACAUAAAGUUACUAGUCUAGCUUAUUCAAUUAUGUUAAUGAAUAAUUGGCAGCCUAUCUUAUUUAACAGCCUCAAAAUUCAGAA